CUUGCCUCUCUUUUCUAUUUCUUACCCACAUGCACCGUCAUUUUUCUGGAUAUUCGUCAUCCCAUUUUCGUCUCUGAUCGUUCUUUGCUCGGAACUGAUCCUGCGGUGACUCGACGGUUUCCAAAGUCGGAGAAUCGGCAUGACGAGGCGGUGCUCUCACUGUAGCAAUAACGGGCACAACUCCCGAACCUGCCCGUCCCGUGGUGGAGGUGCCGGCGGUGGAAGCGCUGGAGGUGUCAAGCUUUUCGGUGUUAGACUUACCGAUGGAUCAAUCAUUAAAAAGAGCGCGAGCAUGGGGAAUCUCUCCGCCCAUUACUAUUCUUCGUCCUCCGCUGCUGGGUCACCGAAUCCCGGGUCGCCUUGCUCGGACCCGCUCCGAGACCUGGGUCAUGAGCAAGACGGGUGCUUGUCUGAUGACCCCUCUCAUGCCACCAGUUCUGCCAACAGUCGGGGAGAAAGAAAGAAAGGGGUUCCAUGGACUGAAGAAGAACACAAGAUGUUUUUAGUUGGCCUCCAGAAGCUGGGCAAAGGAGAUUGGCGAGGCAUAUCUCGCAAUUUUGUUGUGUCAAGGACUCCUACUCAAGUAGCAAGUCAUGCCCAAAAGUAUUUCAUCCGGCAAAGUAAUGCUACCCGGAGAAAGAGGCGUGCCAGUCUUUUUGACAUGGCUCCAGAUGUGUCUUCAGAUCCACCUUCAGUCCUGGAAGAACAAGUAUUACUGCCACCUUCUGAGAACUCACAACCUGGGAGUGCAAAUUUACAACCAUCAUUAGAUCUCUCCCUCAAGUCAGAAUUUGAACCCAUGGAAACUAAUCACGAAGAAAAUCUGGAAGAACCCGAUGAAACUAUGGUAAGAUCAAGUGGAGUGACACCAGUGGCUAACGGAUUCAUGCCGUCAUAUGUACCUGUUGCAUUUUCCUUAUGGCCAUCAAAUGCAGCUCCCCUUGAAGAAGUUAAGGAAGCUGAGACAGCUCAUCAUCAGGUCCUUAAGCCAAUCCCAGUCAUUCCCAAGGAACCAGUCAAUGUUGAUGAACUUGUUGGCAUGUCUCAGCUGAGUUUGGGGGAAACUCAAAAUGGUGGUAGAGAGCCUUCCCCACUUUCUUUGAAGUUGCUGGGGGAGCCCUCUAGGCAAUCAGCAUUCCAUGCAAAUGCUCCAGUUGGUGGUUCAGAUCUAAACAAUGGCAAGAACAGUGCAAUUCAAGCAGCUUAAGCUUUUAAAUUCUCUUGAUGACAGCAGUAAUUAAGCCUUCUUUUGGUCAUCGUUCCAUUUGUAUUUUGUACUAUUAUAUACUUAUCUUUUUUCCAUUUGGAUCCGUCAUGUUAUCAUUAAGUAGCAAGUCACAUGUUAUGUAGCUCAGGGUAGAUAAAUUCUUGAAAUUUUUAUUCUUCGUUACUGUAAACAACUGAAAGCUUAAAUAAUCAAAUGACCACGAGGCUCGGUUCCUCAAGAUUUGGUUGUAUUAGUUCA